UGGAACGCUUUUUUUUCCAAUUCGCAAGCACAAUUUCUCUCUCUCCCUCCCGAUAAUCUGCCACUCCAACUUUCAGGCUUCGGAUUUCUCUUACGAAGUUGAAUCGUUUCCGGCUGGAAUUUUGAUCUUUAUGAAGUAGUCAUUGGAUCAGAGAAUCUGGAAGAGUGGGGUAUCUGUUUGAUCUUUUGUGGUGGUUUCUACUUUGCGUAUGGCUUGGUUAUGGUGAGUUUAUUUCAAUUAUUGCUCCGAGUGUUGUAAUUUGUGGUAGGAAAUCAGGGUUUCGGUGAUGCGAGGCUAGCUUUUGUUUAUGGUUUCGUGUUACUGAGGUUUUGGGCUGCUGGCUUGCUCAAUUAGUGAUUGUGUUGGUCUACAAUGUGAGAUAAUUGAGGCCGGAGUUGAUCGAUGAAGGUAUUUGGUAUUCGUUUACAGUAUAUUGAGUAUUUUUAUUUGGAUGCUUGCUAGAGGGUUGCAAGGAUUUAGAAUCUCUGGAGUUGGCUGCUGUGGACUAAGGUCGCCUUUGACUGACUUCGCGUUCUUGAAUUUUUGGUCUGAUUCCCACGGGUUUACUGUCGGGCAUGUGGAUUUUCUUUGUUUGGAUUCAUGGCUGUAUGGGCGCGAUGAUUCUGGAUUUUUGGGGACGCAGCGAGGCGGAUUAGAUUUCCUUACAGCUAGGGUUUGCUUUUUGGCCGGUGAUUUAGGGGCAGCAGGCUGUUUAAAAUUGGCAAGUGGCGCUCUUGCUUUUGGAAAAGAUGGAGGCUAACUUUGAAGGGGAGAACCAUCAAUUCUUCGCUGCUGGAUCUUCCAAGAGAUUUGGGAAGAAAGCGCAGGAAUGGGAUUUAAAUGAUUGGAAAUGGGAUGGAGACCUUUUUAUGGCUACUCCUGUAAAUCCUGGUCCUUUGAAGUGCUUGAAUAAGCAGUUGCUCCCUGACAUAGUGCUUUCAAACAGCUCGUCUAGUUGCUCGGAUGAGGCUGAGUUUGGAGUUGUUGGGAAAGUGCUAGGCGAGGGAGACAAGCGGAGACGUAUUGUAGCAGUGGAGGAUGAUGAGCAUUGUGAUGAUACUCGUUCACUUACUUUAAAGCUUGGGGCUCAUGCAUAUCCAGUCCUGGAGGGAGAUCUGAAUCCCGGUGGAAUGAAAAAUGGUAAGAGGGUACUGGUGCAGGCUACCAAUUCAAACCAUCCUAAAUGCCAGGUUGAGAACUGUGGUGCUGACUUGAGUCAGACCAAGGAUUACCACAGGCGCCAUAAAGUGUGUGAGAUGCAUGCGAAGGCUAGUAGUGCAGUUGUUGGGAAUGUUAUCCAGCGCUUCUGUCAACAAUGCAGUAGAUUUCACCUCCUUCAAGAGUUCGAUGAGGGGAAGAGAAGCUGUCGCCGCCGUUUGGCAGGACAUAAUAAAAGGAGAAGGAAAACAUUUUCUGGUGCUACUACCCCCAGUGAGAGUUCUGCAGCUGGUGAUCAGUCAGCGGGCUAUCUAUUGAUAAGUUUACUGAGAAUUCUUGCCAAUUUGAACUCUGAUAGAUCUGAACAGUCAAAAGAUCAGGAGUUUUUGUCAAACCUUUUGCGAAAUGUUGCCUCUCUCGCUGGUUCAUCUGAUGGUAACAAUAGUGCUGGUCUCCUCCAAGCAUCUCAAGAUCUUCAGAAGGCUGGGACAUCAGUCGAAGCUGCAAAUGCUCUAAUUUUAGGUGCUGUUCUGCCAAAAGAGAACAAGUCAUUAUCUUCUCCUCCUAAAACAGUCUGUGAUCAUCCUGCUGCUACUAAUCAUUGUGCAUCUCCUGGGGUUGCUCUAAGAGAGAUGCAUGGUCAUCAAAAUCUUAGUGUAUCCUCUUUUGGCACGACUGUGCAAGCAACAUGUUCUGAAAGAUUAGUGGCAGAGAAAAAUUUCUUGCCAGAUAAAUCACUGACUUUAUGCUCAUCGCAGCACAUGCUUCCUACUGCUUGUACAGUUGCCGGUGUGAGGAAAAAGGAAUUUGACUUGAAUACUGUGUAUUAUGAAGGAGAAGAUAGUGCACUAGGAUGUGGGCAACCAGCAAACCAAGCAACGCUGGAUAUUGGUUCUAAUAAUUGUCCUUCAUGGAUAUUACAAGAUUCUCACCAGUCAAGUCCACCUCAGACAAGUGGUAAUACGGAUUCAACAUCAAACCGAUCACCUUCAAGUUCCAAUGGGGAUGCUCAGAGUCGUACAGAUAGAAUAGUAUUCAAACUAUUUGGAAAGGACCCUAAUGAUUUUCCUCUUGUUUUAAGGGCACAGAUCUUUGACUGGUUAUCUAAUAGCCCGACGGACAUGGAGAGCUAUAUCAGACCUGGUUGUAUCAUUCUUACAGUUUAUCUUCGUCUUGAGGCAUCUAUGUGGGAUGAGCUGUGCCAUGAUCUAGGCUCUAGCCUGAAAAGGCUACUCCUCGUAGCUGAUGAUGACUUUUGGAAAAUGGGAUGGAUUUUUGCUAGAGUGCAACAUCACAUAGCCUUUAUUUACAAUGGUCAGGUUGUUUUGAACAAAUCCUUGAUCAUGGAGAGACCUACUUGCAGUAAGAUUGUUAGCAUCGCACCAGUUGCUGUUCCUCCUUCUUCAAGGGUUACCUUUAAAGUGAAAGGUUCCAAUCUUGUUCGAUCGAGUACAAGGUUACUCUGUGCAUAUGAAGGGAAAUAUCUAAUUCAAGAAGUAAACCAACCCAAAGUCCAAUGUUCUGACAACAGAAGCAAUGGAAACAGGAAUGAACAGCUCCAGUCUAUCAGCGUCUCCUGCCACGUUCCUGAUGGAAUUGGUCGAGGUUUCAUCGAGAUUGAAGAUAAUGGUCUUAGCAGUGGUUUCUUUCCCUUCAUAGUGGCAGAAGAAGACAUAUGUGCUGAGAUAAAAAUGCUGGAGAGUUCAAUAGCCUCAUAUGAGGACCUUUCAGAGGAAAAAGUGGAGACUGCAAGAACCCUAACCAUGAAUUUCUUACAUGAAAUGGGAUGGCUUCUCCGUAGGAGUCAGUUAAGAUUUAGUUCAGAAUCAGAGAAUAGCUGUUUGGAAACUUUUUCUCUUUUACGUUUUCGAUGGAUUUUGAGAUUCGCCAUUGAUCGUGAUUGGUCUGCUGUUGUCAAAAAGUUCCUAGACAUUUUUUUUGAGGGAAAUAUUGAAACAGAUGGGCGUUCUCCUAAUGAGGUUGCCUUGUCAGAAGAUCUGCUCCACUAUGCUGUACAGAGGAAUUCCAACUCAACCGUUAAGCUCCUCUUAAGAUACAAACCAGACAAAAAUUCAGAUGGAGGCUUAUAUAAUUUGUUUAGACCAGACAUGCCUGGACCUUCUGGUAUUACUCCUCUUCAUGUUGCAGCAACUAGUAGUUUUGCUGAGAACAUGUUGAAUAUAUUGACUGAAGAUCCAGGACAGUUUGGAGUGAAAGCAUGGACUAACGCCCGCGACGCCACUGGUUUCACUCCUGAAGACUAUGCGCGAGCUCGAGGCCAUGAAUCCUACAUACUUCUGAUGCAGAAGAAGAUGAAGAAAAUCGCCGAAAAAUGCGAUGUGGUUGUUAACAUGCCUUGUAAAUUAUCAUUGCCAGCAGAUGCAAUCUAUACACAAACACAAGGAUUGAAAUCCGGCAAACUAUAUAGCCUUGAAAUUGAUAAGACAAAAUCAGAACAAUCACAGCCUCGGUUCUGCAAGCUAUGCGAGCAGCAUUUGGCUUGCCGAAGCUCGGUGGGAAGGUCUCUGCUGUAUCGUCCAAUGUUGUUAUCUAUGGUAGGCAUUGCUGCAGUUUGCGUUUGUGUAGGAUUACUCUUCAAAGGCCCGCCGGAAGUUAUGUUUGUAUAUCCUCCCUUCAGGUGGGAAUUAUUAGAGACUGGAUAUAUAUGAGCUUAGUGUGGUUUUUAACACUAACCGUUAACGGUUUGUUGGAAGGAUGCUUUAAGUUCAUCAAUUGAAUGCCUUAUGUGACUAUAUCUAUUUAAUGACUGUACAUUAUUUUACUAUUUAAACAUUGGAAUUCUUCCUUGUAUUAAGUUAGAGAAUAAGCACUUUUGCUUCUCAAGUGCAGUUCCAGUGUCUUUGUAUUGCUGCUGUCAAUAUUGGAGAUGGUAAUGUUGUUUUA